AUGCAGAUGGCCGUUGCCCUUGUGCUCGCAGGACCAGCAAGCUUGUCCGUAAUCGCGAAGGGCUUCAUAUGGAAUCAGCUACAUUUGCUUACGUUCCAGGUUAAGAAUCAGAUCGACGGCGUGGAAGAAGACAGAAUAGCAAAGUCGCACCGUCCCCUGCCAUCCGGCCGUAUAUCACCCGAGAAUGCAGCGGUUCUGUAUUACGUCCUAUUUGCGUUGAUGUGGGCUGCAGCACUUACUAUGAAAACGAUACCGUGUACUCUGACCUACUCUGUGGCAAUUCUCAUAUACAACGAGGGAGGUCUGGCUGCGAUACCGGUCGUAAAAAAUGUUAUUGGAGCUAUAGGUCUCGCAUGUUACUGCUGGGGUACCACCAUCAUACUUGAUCAUGGCAGAGAGUUGUACGGUCUGAAAGCAAUCGCUGUGUUCAUGAUAGGUGCCAUUUUUGCAACCACUGGACACGCUCAAGACUUCCGCGAUCGCACGGCCGAUGCUGUCAGAGGCCGCAAGACCAUUCCGCUGCUGCUCUCCCAACCAGCCGCUCGUUGGUCGCUUGCAGCUUUGAUUGUAGCUUGGACGAUUGGUCUAAUUGCGUUAUGGCAACCACCAGCCGUUGCCAGUAUUGUAUUUGCCGCCCUAGGUCUACGGUGUCUUGGUGGUUUUCUUUUGAGCUAUGACGAGAAGUAUGACUAUGUGUCUUACUGUUGGUAUGGUUACUGGCUUCUUGGGGGUAACUUGCUCCCCAUCUUUCCUCGAUUGAGAGGUGAAAUGAAUUAG